UCGCUGUUUGGAAAGAAAGGGAAAAAAAAAAAAAAAGAACUAAUCCAUGGUGGUCAUGGCUCUGCAUGCAGCUCUCAACAAUAAAGUGAGCCGGUUUCCAGUCAUGGCGAGGCUCCUCUUCUCCCUCCUGCUUCUCAGCAGAUGCCAAAACAGUCUCUGCCAGUCAUCCUCAGAAGCUGAAAAGGAGGUGGGCGCCAACGGCAAUGACAACAGCACAGUCUUCACCAGAAUCCUGGACGGGCUCCUGGAUGGUUACGACAACAGGCUCCGGCCAGGGCUCGGAGAGAAUGUCACAGAGAUCAAGACAAACAUUUUUGUCACCAGCUUCGGCCCCGUGUCUGACACAGAGAUGGAAUACACCAUAGACGUGUUCUUCCGUCAGAGCUGGAAGGACGAGCGUCUGUGCUUCAAAGGGCCCAUGGAGAUGCUGCCGUUGAACAACCUGCUGGCCAGCAACAUCUGGACCCCGGAUACUUUCUUUCUUAAUGGCAAAAAAUCCAUCGCUCACAACAUGACGACGCCCAACAAGCUGCUGAGGCUGAAGGAUGACGGCACCUUGCUUUACACCAUGAGAUUGACCAUAUCAGCAGAGUGUCCCAUGCAGCUCGAGGAUUUCCCCAUGGAUGCACAUGCCUGCCCACUCAAAUUUGGCAGCUAUGCCUAUCCGGUGUCAGAGGUCGUCUACACUUGGACUCAGGGAGCUAGCAAAUCUGUGGUGGUGGCAGAGGAUGGCUCCAGGCUCAAUCAGUAUCAUCUCAUUGGGCAAAGUGCUGACACAGAGGACAUACACACAAGCAGAGGACAGUAUACAGUGAUGAUGGCCCAUUUCUACCUGAAGAGGAAGAUUGGAUAUUUUGUCAUCCAGACGUAUAUGCCAUGUUUCAUGACUGUAAUCCUGUCCCAGGUGUCAUUCUGGCUGAACAGAGAGUCGGUUCCUGCCAGGACUGUUUUUGGGGUGACCACCGUGCUGACCAUGACCACCCUCAGCAUCAGUGCCAGGAACUCGCUCCCAAAAGUGGCCUACGCUACAGCCAUGGACUGGUUCAUUGCCGUCUGCUAUGCUUUCGUCUUUUCUGCCCUCAUUGAGUUUGCAACAGUGAACUACUUCACCAAGAGGAGCUGGGCCUGGGAUGGCAAGAAGGCAAUGGAAGCUCAGCACCCUAAGAAACGAGACCCCAUGGUGCUAUCAAAGAAACCCAACAACGUUUGCUCGGCAGGGGUCAACUACACCCCCAACCUCACCAAGGACGUGUCCAUCUCCACCAUCUCCAACACCACGUCGGUACAGCUGCGAUCUUCUGAGACCAAGAUAAUGGACCCCAAGAAGACCUACAACAGCGUCAGUAAGAUUGACAAGAUGUCACGAAUAGUGUUCCCCGUCCUCUUCGGAACCUUCAACCUCGUCUACUGGGCAACGUACCUUAACAGAGAACCGGUGGUGAAAGGAGUUGUCACCUCAACGUAAUCACUCCUCUUAUUUCCCUUUUUUUUCUUCUUUUUUUUUUUUCCGGGAUUUUUUUUUGGGGGGGGGGCAGUUUCUGUCAGUAAGAAGGGAAGGUUGAGUCUAAUUGGAGAGGGGUGAGCGAGAAUGAAAGCGGUUGUUGUUGGUCUCUGCUCUAGACAAAACAAAUGUAAAAACAAAGAACAAAAACUAUACUCAUCUAUUUAAUUCAAGCACUUUGAAUGGAUGCAAGGCUGCAACAGAUUCCCUUUCCUACUUUUCAUGGCCUAAAAACUGCUUCUAAGACUGUGUUAGCAGGAGAGAAGGUGCUUUGCUUCUUUCUCAUCUGUCCUGCUGCAGUUUGCAUGAUGCUCUCCCCAAAGGGGGAACCGUGGACUCUUCUUUGUCUCGAAUACCGACCAUGUAUAUGUCAGUCACUGCUUAAACUGUGGGAGGACACUCGGUCACUGCUACUCCAAGGAAUUGUUUUAGAUUUAACAAAGAAUUUUAACGCUUCAUGUUCUCACAGCACUGGGCUUAUAGACUCUGCAAUCUAACAUGCAUUUGAAUUUUAAAGGGGGGAUUUAAAGAUGUACCUAAUUCUGCGCUAUGUGGAAGAAACAUCUCUCGAGAUUGAUGCUGCAAGUGCAUUAAUAAUUUAGUUUCAGGUCUCUUUUUAAAAAAAAAAACAAAAACGUUGCCAAUUCUUUUCCCCUCCGUAUCGCAGAGGGUGCUCGUGUCUCUUGUUGUACAUCUGUACUUGAAGAUUCAAGAACUGUCAUGGCAGGCCUGGUUUCCCAAAAGCAUUGGCAGUCAGAGCCUCAAAGUAAAACAUGGAAUUAUACUUGGAAAAGGAAAGACAAAAUUAAAAAGUCAUCAUUUAGGACAGGAAGCCAGCAAGAAUAUUAGAAAAUCAUUUUUGGCCUACUUACACGGGGUGACUGGACAGUUGUGGCAGAUGGGUUAGCACACAUUUAGGAUUGGAUAUAUGUGAGGCUGCGUCACUCAGCUGGGAAACUAAUAUGCACAGCUGAGAGACCAAACGGAGAAUUAGUCACAUACAAAUCAGGGCAGCGAUGUGGUCAGAUUUGGGGACUGUCAUUCAGAGAGGUGACCAGUGUUCAGACAUGCUCCCUGCUAAUGUAUCAACCUGCGGUUGGAAAUGACUAAAUAGCUACUGUAACAGUUUUGUGACUGUAAGGCAUAUUUGUAAAAUAUAGUUCAAAAUGUGGGGAGGAGAAUGUUAACGUAAUCAUAUAAAUGUGAUUUACUAAGGCUUGCGACAGGUGAUUUGCUGCACACUGUGCCGUUAUUGAAUGCUGAAAAAAGCAUGCCUUAUAUUGCACCUGGCUGAUAGUUGUGGCUGGGAGCAUUAAUUUAUGUGGAGCGCCAAGGGCAGACGUUAUCAGAAUGGGCAUGUGAUCUUUGGAUCUGUCAGCUGCUCGCCAUGAACAUUUAGAGCCAAGCACCCCUGUAUAAGGAGAGAAUAGCCGCCCAAUUACAAGAUAUACAGAUGCCAUGGAUCUGUUACCGGUAGCAAAGGUACUCUUUGCAGUGUGUGGAGCUGUUUGUAGGUUUUCACGUUUUUAGUCGUGUUUCUGCAGUGCUCUCACACACACACUGAGCUCUGCAACAUCAGAAAUCGACUUCUCUCCCGUAUAAAAACUGUUAAAAAGAAAAUACUACAAUGCCUGUCAAAAUGUAGCUGGAACUGUGACAAAGACAGCAUGUUGGAGUUAUGUCAGGUGUCCCUGAAUAUAACACAGAUGGCUAUGAGUUAGAUUCUUUCCUGUGACUUUAACCCUUUAACAAUCCUAGGGCCCUUAUACGGGCCCAAAUACAUGUGAAAACGAACCCCAGGAAUGUUAUUAAUAAAUACCCGUAGACCCAUAUCCAAUACAGGAUGUGGCAUAGUAACAGUACAGUCAGGAUGUGACAGUUCAGCAUUUUUUGUGUUCUUCUAGGCAUCCUACAGAUCAGAAUUUAGGUUUAUCUGGCAGAUAUGUUUGUAAUAAAAAAUUAAAGCAGUCUUUGGCUGUAUCAGCCUUUAAGACUCCACACAUUCCCCAGCAGUUUCUGACGCAAAACUAAUCCCCACAUCAGACCGCCUUUUCUAGUAGAUUACCUCCAGAACUUUCCACUCCCA